ACGGCACGCCCGUCUUUCAGAGCAUGGGCCACCCCUUCUGCCCCGCACAUUCUAGACCCCACCGGGGUGCGGCAGGCAGACCUGCUUCCUUUUUUGGCGGGGAUCCGAAGCUAUCGUGAGAGAGUCCACGCUUGUGAGUUUUGAUCGAGUAACGAUCGAGUAAGCUUCUAGAAGGAUGCGGAUCUGAUUCGCUGGACCGGUUUUUAAGCACUUUUCUCUCCCUUUUUUGUCUGUCCGGCAUCGUCCGUAUGGUCUUCGUAUCUGGCUCUGGAUGAUAUCCCUCACCAAUGAACGAACCUGGAAGUUGCUCACCUCACCUCGGCCUCGCUCUCCGGCCAUACCAUCCCCGCAACGCCCCCCAACCUUUCUUUGUUCGAGCCCCGAGGUGAAGUCAUCUCGGUUUUCUGUCUCCAGGUCAGGCCUGUCUGCUUGUUGUUCUCUCGCCAGUUCUUUCGCCCAUCAGAGAAUUGUUGAAUAUCAGGCGGUGUAGCUGCUGACCAGACCCAGCCGAAUAUGGUCACGAUGGCGAUACUGAGAGUGUUUCCAGAACCACUCGGCACGCCACGUAUCCAUCAUCGAUGUGUCAUAUUAAGUCCGAUUCAAGCCAGAAAGCUCUGCAAGCUCUGGUGUUGUCUUUUUUCAUGCUUUAAGCUUUUCGACCUCGCUGACUCGGCAAUGGUUCCGCGGACCGAGCACAUCAUCACCGGCAGCGGCCUGCUGGGUUGUUUCUUUUGAGGCUAGCCCAGCGGCUGUCACCGGUCCUCCCAAGAAACACCAAGCACCCGCAGCUCGCCUACGACGUUUACAUUUGUCAUAAUUGAACGGUUUGGCCUCUGGGGUGCAGCGGGUUGACCGGGACGUGGAGCGGUUCUGGAGCAGGUCCGCGUGGUGGUGGUGAUGGACUGCCGGACAGGGCAUUGUGUGUGGCUUGUGGAUGCUACCGUACCUUAUGUUCCGGAGGACCCUGAGUGGCAAAGCUUUUCUCCGAGAAAACUCCCGGUGAGUCCGGCCGAGAUUGUCGGUGCCGCUCCGGAGCCGAGGUGCUUGGGCAUUGCUUGUCUUGAUCCGUGUCUGAGUGAUGUAGAUGGACAUCCUUCUUGA